UGACUCCAAGGGCUCCCUAGUUUCUCCCUCUGCCAGCGUCAUUCUUCCCUCGCUGGCAGGCUGAAGGGCCUGCGACAGGCCUGUGUAUGGAUGUCAUUCGCAGUGAGAGACAGGCCAGUGGAUGGUGGGGUGGCAGGGAGGAGCUGAGGGAGUAGGUGAGGGCAACAAGCUGGGAGUCCCUGACACUUCCCUGUGAUGUCCCUGCUGUCACCAAGUGCAUGUUCCUGCUAGGCAGUUUUAUCUGAUGCAGAAGGCAGGAAAGCUGGCAAAUAAGGGGGUGGUCAAGGAAGGCCUUAUUGAAAGGGGACAUCUGAGCAGACAUAGACAGGUCACAGACUUGAGGUGGCAGGGCACAGAAUUGUACAGAUCAUGCUUAGAGUGUCGGGGUGGUUGGAACAGAGUAUGGCUAUGGGAAAGGGGAGGUGAGUGCUGGAAGUACCUGACCUUUCUGGUUUCUGCCGGAUCUCUAUUCCAGGUGAGUCAGGAACUAUAGGCUAUGCUCUUACUCCUGUGUUAACCUGCCCUCGGGCUGCUCUGUGGGAAACACACUAGGGCUCUGCCAGGUGUAGGUAAUGUUCCAGGGAACCAAGAGCAGGCAGCUGGUGGGGACAAGCCAGGAACUGGGCUGAGAAGGCUGGAGGAAGUUGAGAGGAAGCAGUAACUUCUGGAAGAGAUGGAGCUCUGCAAGCUGUGGAGAAAUGGGAGGUGGCUGGGUCACAGGAAUUCCGGGGAUCAAAAGAGAGGGAAGCAGCUGGGGCUGCAGUGGUACAGAGCUUGCUUGGCAUGUGUGAGGCUCUGCUAGGUUCCAUCCCUAACAUCUGUCUCUUGGGAGGGAGACAGAGGGAGGUGUGGGGCAGUGGUAAACGGCCAGCUCAUUUCUGCCAAGUAUCUCUGGAAGGAGAGUGGGUAUCCUGCUUGGCCUUGGAAGGCAUACUUGCAGAGCUGUCGAGGGACUGUAGAAACGUGUUCUGUGGGCCCUGGUGUUGGGACUUGGGUGUGAAUGGUGUAUGCUGUCUUAUGGAUGGUCCUCAGCUUUAGGAAUGGGACUUGAGUUCGAGUGGAGCACCAGCUUGGAACCAGUGUCCCCAAGAUCCCCUCUGCUACAGCGCUCAGCUUGAGCCUGCUUUGACCAGAAGGCAUGUCCCUGUCUAUCCAGCUUUGUUUUCCACGAGCAAGAGAGUUGCACUGACGAGGAGGAGCCUGGGAUGCUUGGAGUAAAUCUGCCGGAGGAAGCCCUCUCACACCAGCGUCUGUUUAAUCAGAUCUCAUAUGAUCCAGUUAAUCUGUAUACCACCUGUGAGAAGUCUCAUGCCCUGAAACUAAGGAAAAAAAUUCCAACAAUAGUUUAAGGAAGCCCUUUUGUGUUCUCCAGGCCCUUCCUUUCUUUCCCAGCUCCUGUUGCUUUCUCUUGUUGGCCACCAGGUGUCGCUCUGAUCAGUGCUCGGGCUUAACGCUGUGUGAUCAGAGAAAGCUGCCAGGUUUUUCUGGGGUUCUGGGUAACUUGGCCCUUCCCUCAGGAUUCUGAGCCCCUUCUGUUCUUGGGCCGGGCAGUGCCUGGCUCCGGGUACUUCUUGUCCUGUGCAGGUCAGAGGAAGUAGGUUAUUGUUAAGCAGGGCUGAAAGGGAGCGGAGGAGCUGGACCUGCUGAGCAGAGGCUGGGGCAGAGGUGGGAAAUGUGAGACAGGGGCUGGGGAGCCUGGAAAGUCAGGUAGGAGAGCAGAAGGAGUGUGUGCUCUGAACCUAGGAAAAGCUUUGCAGCAUGGAAAACGGGCUUUUUACCUCCCCUGGAAUUGUCCUUUCGAAGAAGUGGCAGCCUCAGGGAGCCCAGAAGUUAGGUGCGAGGAUCUUUUAUAGGAAUGACUCUGGAAGUUAGUUAUCUUUCCCUCAUUCAUCCUUAGUUCCCGCAUUUCCAAGGAGUCGUGUGUGUGUGUGUGUGUGUGUGUGUGUGUGUGUGUGUUUGCAGUAAUGGGGAUUGAACCUAUGACCAUAGACAUGCUGGGAAGUGCUCUGACAGUGAGCUACACUCCCAGGCCCUUGAGAGUGUUUUUACUUCUUGUUGUUGUCGUAGUUAUUCUGUUGUUGUUGUUUAAGACAAGAUCUCACUUUAUAGCAUGACUAGCCUGCAACUUGCUGUAUAGACUGCUCUUCUUGAUGAUCCUCCUGCAUCAGCCUCCCACGUGGCAGAAACUACAAACCUGUAGCACCAGCCCACGGGGCCUCUGUGAAUCUUUUUGUCUUCGUGGACAACUCAGCUCUUGAGAUGAUGGGGUGCAGCCCUGUGUUUGCAAUGCAACAUGUGGCGGGUGUACCCCAUAUACUGGUGCGGAGAACCUUCCUUGGGACGGACCUCCUCAUGACAAGGACUCUGUGCAGUCCAGGUCCCAGCCAGCCUAGAGAGAAGCAACCAGAAGCUACAGCCUUAGGGCUGUAUCACCGCCUCCCAGCAUUGGGAAGAACACUGGGCCACACUGUUCGGCAUCAAGCAGCCUCUACUGCCAAGGCUUGGUGGGACAGAUACGAAGAGUUUGUGGGACUCAAUGAAGUUCGAGAGGCCCAGGGGAAUGUGACCGAGGCGGAGAAAGUGUUCAUGGUGGCUCGUGGUCUUGUUCGAGAAGCUCGCGAGGAUUUAGAAGCUCAGCAGACUAAGCUGAAGGAGGUGAGGGACCGCUUGGACCGAGUCUCCAGGGAGGACAACCAGUACCUGGAGCUGGCUACUUUGGAACACAGGAUGCUACAGGAAGAGAAGAGGCUUCGAAUAGCAUAUCUGCGUGCUGAAGACUCAGAGCGAGAGAAGUUCUCUCUCUUCUCUGCAGCAGUGCGGGAGAGUCAUGAGAAAGAGCGUACAAGGGCUGAGAGGACCAAGAACUGGUCCCUUAUUGGGUCAGUUCUAGGAGCUCUGAUAGGCGUGGCUGGGUCCACCUAUGUUAACCGUGUCCGGCUACAAGAACUGAAGGCCUUACUCCUAGAAGCACAGAAAGGGCCUGUGAGUCUCCAGGAGGCCAUCCGUGAACAGGCUUCUAGCUAUUCCCUCCAACAGAAAGACCUCAAGGACCUUAUGAUGGAUCUGAGGGGCCUGGUGCACGUUGGGCAGGGCCAGGGCUCCGGAUCACCAACAGGUCCUUCUUCUACCCAAGGAAAAGACAUAGAUGGCCUUUCAGCCGCCAUGAAAGAGCAGCUCAGUCAUUCCCGGCAGGUCUAUUCCUGUCUAGAGGGUUUACGAGAGCAGCUUGACGGCCUGGACAAGACUUGCAGCCAAAUGGCUAGGGUGGUUCAGCUUGCAAAGGCUCCGGCACAUCCAAGCAUGGUGGAGCCAGUGGAUGGGGCCCUGCCCAGCUCCUUGCUGGAACACGGGAGUGUGAUCUUGGCCCUGUCAGAGAUGGAGCAGAGGCUGGAAGCCCAGGCUAACAGGAAUGCUAUCUCUAGCACGCUGGUCACCUGUGUGACUUUUAUGGCCACAUUGCCUCUGCUCUACAUGCUGUUCAAGACAAGUUAGCCCUGGGGUCCUUCUUCAAAGGGGCCUAAGGGUGAAUGUAGCUUUUGUUGGUGAUAUAAUGAAUCUUGAGGUACACACAACCUGAACCUGACUCUGAAUACCAUCUGAGGGGUUCACCAACAGGUUUAUUUUAUUUUUUAGGUAAUACCUAUUGACAUUUAUCAAAACUUUGUGCAAAUGUCCAAUUAAAAUAUCUAAGAAUUUGUAUUAUUUAAAAUACCUUUACAUA